UCCCAGGUCACACACACAACUGGAUGGCAGAAAAUAAAUGCCUGGCUCAAGGUAGGAUCAGUUUGCAGGAGGGAAAAAGGGAAGAAGGAGCACAGUGGAACAGAAGGCUUUGAAGAGGUGGGAUGUCAGAACAGGGUUUCGAAGAAUGAAUGAGUUUGCCAGUAGGUCCAAAGGCGAAGUCUCGGUGACCUGCUCGGAAAGGAGGGGGAUUGCUUAACCUUCGCUUGUUCAUUCCUUGAUUCAGUUUUACGGAACCCUUUUCUGUGGGGUCCAAGGAGCACCCUGCCCGGCAGGUGGGGAGGCAGGUCUGGUGACGGGCGGUGCUGGUGCCAGGCAGUCAGGGCGGGGGGUCUGCCCUGGGUGGGACGGACACACCGCCUGCUCCUGCUACUCUGGCCUCAAGAACCGCGCUCACCCGGGCCAGCAAGCAGUCUCACCUGCAGGAGGGAAGCAGGCGGACGGGGCCGAGCCAGGGGUCUGCUUGGUGGCUGGAGCCCCGCUCCUGCCCAGCCUGGUGGUUUUACGUUUAUCGUACGUGUGAGCGUGUUGGUCGGAGGAUGGGUGGGUGGGUGGGGGUGGCCUGCUGGUGUGUCCCUGUGGGUCCCUGAGGGUGUGUUCCUGGGUCUUCCCUGCUGUGUCCUCUGCCCCUCGCACCCUCUGUCUUCCUGUCUGUCCUCUGGGUCUCCCCGUCCCCAACUUUGCUGCCCCCCAAUGUGCUCCUGGCCCCCCGCCUGUGUGAGCCUGGCCGGGCCGAGGUGGGGGCCGCGGCCUGCCCCGCGGGGAUGCCUCACUGCGGGGGCUGGGGCUGAGCUGGGGGCCUGGGCUGCCAGUUUGGGGCCUGGCCUGCUCGCUGCAAUAUUGAUGGCCCGUCAGGGCGGCCCUGAUUCCUGCGCUUCCAGUUAAAAGGUUUCUGUUGUUGUAGCUUAUGCAGUUGCUCUGUUGCUAUGGAAACGUGACAUCAAAAUGACGUUUCCCAUUUAAAAGCUUUUAACUAAAUUCCUGCCUGUCAGAUGUAGGCCCCAUUUUGAGCGAGGAGCUGCCUUCCAGGAGCGGGGCUCCUGCAGCGUGCAGGCCCCGGGCGGCCGGCGAGCACGCUCUUUAACCCCGCAGGUUCCUCCGCCAUGGCCGCGGCCGAGGUGCCCGGCUACCUCGUGUCGCCACAGGCGGAGAAGCACCGGCGGGCCCGCAACUGGACAGACGCCGAGAUGCGCGGCCUCAUGCUCGUCUGGGAGGAGUUCUUCGAGGAGCUGAAGCAGACCAAGCGCAACGCCAAGGUGUAUGAGCGGAUGGCCAGUAGGCUGCUGGAGAUGACGGGCGAGCGCCGGCUGGGUGAGGAGAUCAAAAUCAAGAUCACCAACAUGACCUUCCAGUACAGGAAAUUAAAAUGCAUGACAGAUAGCGAGUCCGUCCCGCCCGACUGGCCCUAUUACCUAGCCAUUGAUAGGAUUCUGGCCAAGGUCCCUGAGUCCUGUGAUGGCAAAGUGCCGGACGGCCAGCAGCCGGGGCCGUCCACGUCCCAGACCGAGGCGUCCCUGUCGCCGUCUGCUAAGUCCACCCCUCUGUACUUACCGUAUAACCAGUGCUCCUACGAAGGCCGCUUCCAGGACGAUGGCUCCGACAGCUCCUCCAGCUUACUGUCCCUUAAGUUCAGGUCGGACGAGCGGCCCGUGAAGAAGCGCAAGGGGCAGGGCUGCCACUUCCAGAGGAAGAAGCUGCGGCUGUUGGAAGCCAUGCUAGAGGAGCAGCGCCGACUGGGCCGCGCCAUGGAGGACACCUGCCGCGAGGUGCGCCGCGUGCUGGACCAGCAGAACAUCCUGCAGGUGCAGGGCCUGCAGCUGCAGGAACGCAUGAUGGGCCUGCUCGAGAAGAUCAUCGCCAAGGCCGGUGUCUAGGCCGCCGCUGGCGCUGGCCAGGCUCUGCUGGCACACGCCCCCUCGGCCCGCCCGCCUGCCCCCUCACAGUCCCGGCUGCCCUGGGGGAAACUUCCUUCCAAGGGGCUCUCGAGUCCCGCCUGCAGCAUUAAAGCCCCGCCUUGGGCUCAGGGCCAGCACUUCAGGGUUAACUCCGGGUUGUUCCCCGUGGGAACGUCCCAGAACCUGCUCUCCAGCACCCUCAGUCUUGAUGGUACUUGAAACAGCUCUGGAUGCUAAACGUGUAAUUUCCAUCACUCCCUGAUAGCAGAGCCCACGGGCGCAGGCCUGGAGGGAGGCAGCCGGUCAGUCAAUCUGAGAGCAAGGCAGGUGGAGAGAGCUCCGAGGCAGGUCUUUCCCUUGCCUGAGCCUGCUGCGUCUGCCCUCAGACAGCUUCUGUCCCCAGGGCAGACCCCAGGGUCCGCACUGCGUUCCUCCCCCGGAGAUGCCAGGAGUCUCGAGUCCUCCUCUGUAACAACACCCAUAAAAGCGAAGGCCCCGUUCAAUUGCCCAGCCCAGGGAUGUGGGGGGAUGAGACGGAGGCCUGGCCAUGGGGAGACAAGCCAGUGAGUAGAGAAGGGAGGUCAGAGCAGGUUGUGAAAGUGCCCGGAGGGCAGGGCUGCCUGCAGGAUGCAGACCCGGAGGCACCGGCCGCAGACACGCACAGCUGGGGGGUGUGGCGCCUGGAGCAGCGGCUGCGUGGGAGGCCUGCGCUCCCCAAGCCCGGGGAGCGCUCUGGCCAGGAAGGUCUUGGCAGCCACACUCAGAACCCCAUCUGGGAGGGAGAGGGGCUGGGGUGCGGGGGUGGAGCCUUUCCAGAAGCCUCCCCGCCCCCGGCCCCACCGGAGUCACAUCAGCUGCUGGGCUUCCGUCCAGGUGGCAGAGGACAGCGGGGCAGGUGCAGCUGGAAGAAGCGGUCCAGCAGAGUCGUGAGUUGUCUUCUGGGUAUGACGGGGACCCGAGCCUGGGGCACAGCUGCUUGGCAGCUCCGGGGAAGCUGUUUGGAAGAGUGGGGAGAGGCCACUGCUCCUGUGACUUUGGUAGGGCGUCCGUGCUGUCAGGGACACGUCCCAACAGAAGAUUACAGCUGGUUACCAAGAACAGACACCUCGACUCCUGGGUUUGGUGCUUUUCUCUGUAUGGGAAGAAUCUGGGCUUAUUAAAAUUCUCCCGAGAUACACAACAACCUGCCCACGGGCCUGUUUGUCCAGAACACAGGACACCCGUUGUCCUCACGGCCUUGGUUUGGAGGCUGAGGGCUUCAUCCUGUCCCUGCCUUGAUUCCUCUCAGGGUGCAUAGUCAGCGACGGCCACAGGCCCACCCUGUAUAAGGGGGUGGGGAGCAGAAACACUCUUUUGUUCUUUGUUCUACAUGGAAUGUAGAAUUCACCCUGGAUGAGCGAGUCGCUGGCCCUCCACGGGGCUCCGGGGGCUUGGCGGGUGGGCAAAGCUCCCUCUGGCUUUGCCCGGCUGACUCUCGGGUUUUUGGGGAGGAUGGGGAGUGGAAGCAGGGUCCCUGUCAGGAGGUUGCCACAGUCAUCCUGGUGUGACAGUCACCAGCUCACCUGAACCUCCAGUGGCCCUGAAGUCAGCUGGCAGUAAUUGGGAGCCCCUGUGGUCACGGGGGCUGCGGAGGCCAGCCCGAGACCUGCCUGCAGGAGGGAGAGGCUGGGCGCCCCGUGCACAGAGAGCAGAGCUGGGCGGCCAGGGGCAUUUGCCCAGAGCCCACCUCCUGGGACAAAGCGUCCUGCUUUGGGACCAAAGGCAGCAGUGUGUUUGGUGAGUGAGUCGCAGGCUCUGGGGCAGAGGGGAACCCUGAUGUAUAAAUAUUCCCCCCAAAUCUGCUGCCCACCUGACAUCGCUGGGCCAUCACGGCAAAGGGUUAUGCGCAGCUGGCCACCAGUCCCCACACAGACGGGGACCUGAGCUCCAGGCUCGCCCUGCUGAGAUUCCAGCUCAGCUGCCCACCUGCCUCUUGGACGAGACACCAGCACGAGAACUCACUGGAUUAACUGACACAGGCCCUGCUCGGCUGGGCCUGAGAGGGUCUGCCACUUGCGGCCCCGUCAGGGUGGUCCCACCUGCAGCCCCCCGCACGUGGCAGACGGAGGGUCUGGGUCGUGUUGCAGAAUCUUCACCGUAAACAACAUUGCGUGCGUUCCUAGAAUCGGGGUGGUGGCGGAUUAGUAUUUCAGAAACUGUGAGUUACAGUUCCAAUAUGUUAUUUUGCAUUUUUGCAAUCUUGUUUAGAGGUGAUGGGAUCUGUUUUCUCUUCCCUGCUCUUCCAUCAUUUACGGUCCAGUGGGACCCAGCUGGGACUCCUGCUGCUCAUGAACAGUGUGCCUCUAACUUUCUUCUGUAGUUACUGAUCUGUUACGGAGGAAGAAGUGGCGAUCUCCACCAACGCUAAAACAGUUGAUAAGAUGCAGCAGAACGGCACUUUAAGGCUGAAACCUAAAAUCAAGAGCCAGACAAAUGAGCCAGCUCUCACCAUCAUUCUUUUAUGUGGUUUUGACAUUUGUCACUAAUGCAUUAAGGCAAGUAAAAUAAACAGGAUAAGAGAUGAAAUUAAUUUAAAAAACCCUUAAUUUUCAGAUAUUUUUGUAUGCUCAGAGAACCAAAUUAUACAGAAGAUCAAAAGCUCUUAAACCACCUUAAACCUGUUAAAUAUGAGAAUGGAGAAGUAUUUAAGCAGAAAGGCAAAGGCUCCAUAUGAAGAAAACUUUUCAGUUUUAUUGAAAAUUUUAAAACAAUCCUUAGCAGGUGGAGAGACUUGGCUUAACUCUGGGAAGUCCAGAAUAAACUAAAACAAAAUGUCACUGAUAGAAUUCCAAUUCUAUUCUCAAUAAGCCUGCACUUUUUUGUUUGUUUUGAAAUGGAUGAAAUUAUUUUAAAAUUCGUGUGGAAAAGGAGCAGAGCCAAAGUUCCGAGGCCGAUGAAAGUGGGGGGACAUGCUCAGCCCCAAGACGCCGGGGGGCCUGGGGGCCACAAGAUAAAACAGGCGUUUCCUGCUUGCGAGGCGGGGAGGUCUCGCCUCGGCUGGUGGGGGCGUGAGGGGGGAGCUGGGCGUCACCCCGCAAGGCUGAGGGAACCUGCGCUCUUCAGCAGGGCCACCCGAGGGCUGGUUCUCAAACGGGGGCCGUGGGACCCCUACAACCCUCUUAAAAACUGCGGUAGAUGUGAAAGAGCUUUUGUUUCAUUGGGUUCUAUCAGUAUCAGUAGCUCUUACAGUGCCUUCUUAGACGUUAAACCCGAGAUUUUAGAAGUAUUUAUCCACUUCAGCAUAACCAUAAACCCAUGACAGGAUAACAUGCAUGACAAUUGCGUGAAAAUGUAUAUCUUCCAAAAAGAGAAGUUUUAGCAAGAAGGGUGACAUUGUGUCCCAUUUCCUUCACUCUCUGUUUGCGAGAGGUCGGCGGGCUCCUCCCGCUGCGGGAGCGACUCGGUUCCGGAGUGUGAGAAUCGGUGGGAACGCGGCCUCACGCGGACGUGUGUGUUUGGAAAAGAAGGAAGGUUCUAAUAACACCUGCGGGCCGCCGUGGCCCUUCCUCCUGACGACACCCAGGCUGGACACGCUGCGGUCGCUUGCGGGCUGGUUGCGUGUGGACUCUGAAAUCGUAUCAAUGGACUUUCACUCUGUGUCUCAUUGGAAUCCGUCAGUCCGUCCUGCCCUUGGACAAGUCUUUAUCCCUGCUUGCUUUUGUGACAUCACACACUGGGCAUUUGGAAAAUAACGGAUCACCAAGCCCUGCGGGUCUUCUAAAUGUCAGCACAGUCAUUGAACAGUGUCCAGGCGUCACCUUUGUGAAUAUCACUGUCAGCCUCAUCGGAAAAGUCUUUAGUUCAGUAAGUUGGCAAACUCAUGGUGGUGGAUACAAGCUUUUCAAAAUUCCAACUUCGGAGAAAACGCUCAACUGGAAAAGACACAAGCACCUCAGUGUUCACAGCAGCACGAUUUACAAUAGCCAAGACAUGGGAACAACCUUAAUGUCCACUGACAGAGGACUGGAUAAAGCAUUUGUGGUCUAUAUACACGAUGGAACACCACUCAGCCAUAAAAAGAAGGAAAUAAUGCCUCUUGCAGCCACAUGGAUGGACCUGAAGACCUAAGUGAAGUCAG